CUCAAACACUCAUCCUUCCCAUUACUUGCUUAUUUGGUGCACAUAACCUACUUAGUCACGGCGGACCUAAAUUUAAUUAGGUUUGAUUAUUAAGAUUCCUUUUUAUAUUUGAUAUUUUAUUAAAGAUCCAGGCACGGGUGAGUGAGUCCUUCCGGAACCCAGCAAUUUUCACCAGUCACGGCGGAGAAUCGGAGCUCUUCGAAAGAGCGAAGCCUUUGGUUUCCCUGUUUUUGAUCUUCUUAAUGGCACCGCCGGAAGCGGAGAAGGACGAGCCGCUGACGCCGGCCAGCCGGCUGUUCGUGAUGCCGGAAAUGAACCAAAUUAUCAACUGCAUCAUCGGCUUCAAACGCCCCAUCGACGUCGCUGCGGUCACGUCGAUUAUCGAAAACUCCGCCAUGGUCAAGCUCCCGAGGUUCUCCAGCCUCAUGGUUAGAGACCGCCACGGCCGCGAGUACUGGCGGAAGACCCAAUUGGAUAUCGCUCGCCACAUCAUCGUCCUCGAGGACCCUAUCGGAGACAUUGAGGCCGGCGAAGAGGCCGCCAACGACUACGUUGCCGAUCUGUCCGUCUCGUCGGAGCUCAGCACGGACAAGCCUCUCUGGGAGAUUCACUUCUUGAGGGCUCAUAAUUGCGCCGUUUUCAGAGCCCAUCACGCUCUGGGAGACGGUAUAUCGCUGAUGUCGAUGUUCUUGGCGUGCUUCCGGACGGCGGAAGAUCCCGAGCGCCGGCAGACGCUGGCUUCUUCGACGGCCAGGAGGGAGAAUUGGAGGGCGAUUUUGUGGAAGAUUAUGAAAGCGGCGAUCCUGACGGUGGUCUUCGCCGUGGAAUUCAUGCUGAGGGCUUUGUGGGUGAGGGACCGGAGCACCGCCCUCAGCGGCGGCGCGGGGGUGGAGCUCUGGCCGAGGAAGCUCGCCACGGCGAAGUUUCGGCUGGACGAUAUGAAAUCGGUGAAAAGGGCCGUGGCUGGCGCCACGAUCAACGACGUGCUCUUCGGCGUGAUUUCUGCCGGGCUGUCGAGAUAUCUGGACAUCCGAUCACCGGAAGCUCCGCCGGAAGGGCUUCGGAUCACCGGCACAGCCAUGGUUAACCUGAGGAAGCAUCCUGGAAUGCAGGAUCUCUCCGAUUUGAUGAAACGCGAUUCCGGCGUGCGGUGGGGAAACAAAUUCGGUAUGAUUCUUUUGCCGGUUUAUUAUCACAAAGGCGGCGACGAUCCUAUGCAGUAUGUGAAGAGAGCUAAGGCGAUGAUUGACCAGAAGAAACUCUCUUUGGAGGCUCACUUUUCAUACAGAAUUGGGUAUUUUGUCAUGUCCUUCUUUGGGCCAAAGCUUGCAUGGUGGCUUAAUUACAGGGUGGUCUGCAACACAACCUUCACGAUCUCAAAUGUGAUUGGGCCACAAGAGGAGAUCGUAGUUGCUGGAAAUCCUGUAACUUACAUGAGGGUUAACACCACUAGCCUACCCCAUAAGUUUGGGUACAGGCAAUCACAAUGCAUAUGGUGAGCUAUGCAGGCAGAGCUGACAUGCAAAUCCUGGUGGCCAAAGAUAUCAUUGACUCACGAGUCCUGGCCAAGUGCUUUGAAGAUGCUUUGCUUGAAAUGAGACGAGCUGCCGAGGGUGCAACCUGAAGGCAGGCAGGUGGGGGGAAAGUCUAUAUCAUUCAUCAUCUUGUAGAUUUGAUUGUUUACCUUUACUCUGUAAUUAGAAAAUAUCAUGUACUGUAGAAAUAUUAAUUGUUUACAUCAUCCUACAACUACACUACUCACGAUUGAUUAAUCUAGAAGUUUGUGUUUGAAUA